CUUCGAUUUGAACAUUUAUUUUCGAUGACACGGCCGGGUUGGCAGCGUCAGCAGGCAGUACACAUACAGCACGCAACCAUUCACCAGCGGUCUCUAGUUGUCGUAGGUUUCUCACGCUGGUAUGUUCUUCCAUAAGAAAAGGGAACCGAACAACAGCUACUGAUUGUUUUGCACCGGGGUUCUAACUUCGAAUCCUCGAUUAACAUGAUGGAAGCGGAAGCGACAUUCUCGCGGAUUUAGGGGACAUUACCGGAGAUACGAAACUACUACAUCGAGACAACAAAGCAUUCCUGAUUUUACGGCGGGUGGAAAGACGGCAUCCGGCCUGAAAAGAAGCUCCGGGAACGGGGACACUGGUCGGAACAACGUACAUCGUUUCUGGCCUCCCGUGCCCGAGAGCUCCCUGGAAAAGAUGAAGAGGUUCAGGAAGAGGCUGUCUCAGAGUCUGAGAGGGAGUCAGACCAUCGAUGAGUCUCUGUCGGACUUGGCUGAGCAGAUGACUGUAGAGGAGAAUGGCCUCAAGGAAAGCGAGCCCAUGGUGAGGAACGGCCACGGUUGCCCUCCGUCGGCUCACUCUGUCCACUCCUUCCUGCACCAGUACACUGGCUUUAAGAAGCCGCCGCUACGAAGGCCCCAGAGCGUGAUAGGAGCAGGGGGGGGACUAGGGUCCCUCAUGGCCCUGCCACGCAACGGGAGCCGCCUUGACAUUGUCCAUGAGAACAUGAAGAUGGGUUCUGAUGGGGAGAGUGACCAGGCGUCAGGAACGUCCUCAGACGAGGUACAGUCUCCCACGGGGGUGUGUCUGAGGAACAGAGGUAACCGACGAAUCUCUGCAGAGGACCUGAAUAAGCGUCUGUCCCUUCCGGCUGACAUCCGUAUCCCUGAUGGCUACCUGGAGAAACUACAGCUGACCAGCCCCUCUUUUGACCAGCCCCUCAGUCGACGCUCCAGAAGGGCAUCCCUGUCUGAAAUUGGAUUUGGCAAGCUGGAGACCUACAUCAAACUGGACAAGUUAGGAGAGGGGACGUACGCCACAGUGUUCAAGGGAAGAAGUAAACUCACCGACAACCUGGUGGCUCUGAAGGAGAUCCGACUGGAACAUGAGGAGGGGGCGCCGUGCACUGCGAUCAGAGAGGUGUCCCUACUGAAGGACCUGAAACACGCCAACAUAGUGACCCUGCAUGACAUCAUCCACACAGACAAGUCCCUGACGCUGGUGUUUGAGUACCUGGACAAGGAUCUGAAGCAGUACAUGGAUGACUGUGGGAACAUCUUGAGCAUGCAAAACGUCAAGAUCUUCUUGUUUCAGAUCCUACGAGGACUGGCAUACUGCCACAGACGAAAGGUUCUCCACAGAGACCUGAAGCCUCAGAACCUUCUCAUCAAUGACCGAGGGGAACUCAAACUUGCCGACUUUGGUCUGGCCCGCGCCAAAUCAGUCCCCACUAAGACCUACUCCAACGAGGUGGUGACGCUCUGGUACCGACCCCCUGACGUUCUGCUGGGUUCCUCAGAGUACUCCACACAGAUAGACAUGUGGGGUGUGGGCUGUAUAUUCUAUGAGAUGGCUGCUGGGAGGCCCCUAUUCCCCGGUUCAACUGUGGAGGAUGAGCUGCAUCUCAUCUUCAGACUGCUGGGCACUCCCACAGAAGACACAUGGCCCGGAGUCUCCUCCAUGGAUGAGUUCAAGUCCUACAAAUUCCCCAAGUAUAAGACUCAGCCCCUCAUCAACCACGCCCCCCGGUUGGACACUGAUGGCGUUGACCUGCUGCUGUCAUUUCUCAAAUACGAGUCCAAGAAGCGCAUGUCUGCGGAUGAGGCGAUGAGACAGCCCUACUUCAGGAGCCUGGGGCUGCGUGCACUCGCCCUGCCAGAGAACAUAUCCUUAUUUACACUGAAGGAGGUGCAACUGCAGAGAGAUCCUGGCUAUAGGAGCUCUAACUUCCCUGAGUCAGGCAACAGCAAAAACAGAAGACAGAGCAUGCUCUUCUAGGUCCUCCUGUGUGUGUAGCAGAGAAGGACGUCCUAUCUACCUGUACAGUUCAACAGACUGAGCCACAAAAAUAGUUGUCUACAGGGGCUGAGGGGGGGCUUCUCAGCCCUCAAUGUGGCUCCCACCUUGCCUGCCUGCCAGGGCCCCAUAUCAACAGUACAGUUUGGCUCCUUGGGGGCCCAGAUCAGUGAAACUGCCCCCAAAAAAAGAGACGUUUAUACAUUUAUAUUUAUUGGGGAGAAUUUGCUGCUAAAAGUCCAACUACUGUCUAGAAGAUUCUAACUGGCUCAGUCACUUUAAAAUAAAACAUGCAAUGUGUAUAGAUUUUUAAUUAUUUUGAAGUGGUUUUACUUUUCCUUUUCGUGUGGUGGUUUUGUCAUCAUCAUUUCCAUGGUUUUUGUCUCAAAACUCCUGUCGUGUAACACACAGGCAGACAGGUCAUUGCUGUGGCAUGCUGGAGUUUUGGGAUUUCUCUCUUAUCUUGCUGUGCGUGGUACCAUAUUCAAACACCAAAUAUAUUUCCUGGCCAUUCAUUUCAUUUUAUAUCCAUCUCUAUGGCCAACAUGUCCAUCUCUGCGGUGACAAUUUACACACCUUGUCAACAUAAAAUACUGUGUACCUCCGAGGUAUUGGCUUGGGGAAAAGCCCUGCACAUUGUCAGUAGAUGUCAUGCUCAGUGCCAUUCUGUAGAGGCAGGAAGCCAAUAAGGAAUGGCUGGGGUGUUCUUACAAUGACAUGUCAUUCCAGUAUGAUGUAGUCUCGUCAUAAAUCACCAAUCACCAAUUAAAAAAAAAUUAAUAAUGGGAAGUGUAAGGAAAAUGGGAAGCAUUCCAUUAUGGUUGCAUGGCACGAAUGAUUGGAUCAUUCAUGGACACCAGUGCUUCAUUAGCAGCAGAGAUCUGAUGCAGAUCUGACUGACAUUAGAUCUACACCAAUGUGUUAGGUGUUUUUUUUUUUUUUUUUGCCGGUUCAGGACUCCUAUGAUUACGGUUGAGAAAACCGGUCGUCUGUGCAGCACGACUGCAUUGCCAACGACCUCGAACACACCUGUUAACACCGCAUAACAAUCACUUCCUCUUCUGUACUGCGCCACGUGUCCUCUCGCCUCCCAAAGGCGUGUAAUAACCCAGAAAAUGGAGGCCGAAGAGGCAUAGAAGACCUUUUCCGCACGGCCAUGUCUUCCCUCGGCCGCUCUUUCAUCCAUCCAUCUGCUCAAUGAUACUCCAGUUCGUUCAGCUGUCUGUCCGGCCAGUCAUUCAUUCACUUCCAUCCUCCAUCCACCAAUGCUAGUUUGGUUCCUUGUUAUUGUGUUGCAUGCCUGCUCUGUAUGGUGGGGGCACAAGCACACCUACAGUUGCUGUACUCCUCAACUGUGUACAUAUUUGGCAGCCUAGUCCCUAGAUUGUGCACUAUUUUUAUCUUUUUCCAAAUAAGCACCAAUGGGGUUCUGUUCAGAAGUAGUGGACUAUGUAGGGAAUAGGCUUCUUAUGUUGGACACAAACUUUGUAUUCUAUUCAGGGUGCUCUCAGUGCUAUUCUAAGGGCCGUGUUUGUGUUUCAUUGUAGCAGUGCUGGUCUAGCAUCGGUUGAGACCAGCACGGAUCAGACGCAGCUGCAGGAAGAGAUUAAGAUUUUUAUUUUUUUUGUGGAAUAUGCACAAGGGGGACCUGACCCUGCGUCGGCGCUCCUAGAGAUGCUUAAUGAAUAUGUACUGAGUCUACAUGCUGUCUAUUUAACAGUGUUAUCUACCUAAGAGACGUUUUGUAUGAUAUUACUUUAUUUGUGGGUACCUGUUGUUGUUGGUGUGGCAUGCCAUUGGGGGUGCCCUCCGUAUGUUUGAGCUGAUUUUAUUAUUUUUUUCCAGAGAAAAGAGAAUUAAAUUCAAGAUGAUAAAUGCAUAAAGAUGCCUGGACCCUU